AUGGGGGACCUUGAUGGCGCCGAGUACAUCGAACCUACUGUCACUCGCACAGGUACAUACAGCACCGACGAGCGAAAGACCAGGGCUGUGAAGAGAAUCGAAGAUAGGGGGUUUGACGUAUCGACUUUAUUUACGCCCUGGGAUACGACCGCUAGUUUGGGAGAGCUUGGGAGUAGUUCGCUCUCUGCCGUGGAGGAAAUCUUGAAGAUUCUUUUGUAUAGAAACUGUUCCCAAGAAGAGAUCUUUGUACAGUUGGACGGGGCUGUCAAUGGUGCUGUGGAUAGUCGCACUUCGGAGCCUUGCAAGCCUACCUUUGCACCCCUGAGGAACCUACGCCGGCAAUUAAGGGACGGCUCUUCAGUUCAACCGAUCUCAUCGCGUUCAACCAGGGGCAUAACCAGGCAAGCUUCCUCUUCCGAGAAGCCUAAAAGGAAGCCGCGUAAGAGCCUUUCUCAAUCCCGAGCAAAGAGAGUUUGCCAAGGUCUUGCUCACAGUCUCCGUCACGAUACCGAGGAGGUAUAUGUUCACCGCUCUCAAAACUCGUCAGAGUCAACUUCGUCGAACGAUGGGGAUCACCCCGAAAAUUCAGACUAUAAUGCAUUCAUCGAUCAAGCAUCCUCUAAACUCUUAACACACACUCGAGCCUCUCAGCGCUCACGCGAGCGCUCCUCGCAGCAGCCGCGGAUCGAGAGCUCAGAUGACGACAUCGCUGCCACUGACACGGCGGAUUCUCAGCUCUUCCCUACGAGCGCGGUAUCGAACACAAAUACAGCGAUACGAAGGGGCAAGCAGAGGAACACGCAAGGAGACCCCAUCGCAGGCCGCACAGCCGAAAGUUCAUCCAUCAAAUCACGGAAUAGAUUGAGUUUGAAGAAUUGGCGAAUUCGCCUUGAACCCUGCACCGCUGACGCCCAAGGCGAAUACGAUGGAGUUGCUGCAGUCUACGAGACUGCUAAGAACGCUUACGCUACCACAUUGAAGAGCGAGGACGAGGCCCUUAAGUCUCUCUCUUCCUUCCGGACUGCCGGCACGCCCUUAUCUCGACUCCCAGUCGAAGCCAUAGAAUCUGGCACUGUUGGACCUCUCCUUCAAAGGUUGGAAGAUAUAGAUGCCAUAGAGAAAGAAGAUGACCAGCUCAGGUCCGCGUACCAGCAGAAGAAGGAGAGCAGGAUCGCACAGGCCAAAAUCUUGGUCAAAUCGAAGGCGGACAUGGAGAAGAAAGUGAAUUUACUAAAGCAGCUUCAGAACAUCAUGGAUGAUCUGAUCACGGAUAGUGAGCCUGAAGCCGGCAGAUUCUUCAUCAUUUCAGCCUCGACCUCUACAGCUCUUUCGCGAAGUCUAGACAUCCAGCCUCGACAAGACGCACCGGCUGCGCCAGCCUCGCCUCAAUCACGCUAUGUAUACGUUGUCACGGACGUGGACUUCAAUCAGAAAGCUGUUUCGUCCCAAAGCGGGAAGCCUAUCUUCGGUGGGCAUACAAGCAUUCGUGUGGGCGGUACUGAUGCGGAUGGUCCUCUCCUAGUUGAAGUUGCUGUUAACCCGGGUUCAAGUGGUCUGCAGAUCAGAGUCUUAGAUACUGGUGUCGCUAAUACUGGCAAGCCCAUUGGGUUCUGGAGUGCUCCGAAUUCUAGACGUUAUGUUGUGCAGACUGGGGAGAUCACUUUCACGAAUGCGGAGAUCUUCGACCACCAGACCGGCAAGGGCCUUGUGGCUGAUGCCUGGAACGACAAUCCUACAUACUCGAAAGGAGCUGGCACCACCCCUAACACAUGCUACGACUUCGCUGAUCGAGUCCUGGCACACAUGAACCUAGACUUGGAUCCAUCAAUUAUUAAAAUAUUUGCUAGCGCAGACGAAUACUACACCAAAUAUACAAAUAAAUGGGUUGAAAAAGUACCACUGAUCUGGUCCCAGAAGACCGAAUUCCCUGCUGGAUAUACACCACAACAGGGAGAGCAAUACUGGACGCGAGUGUUCGACGUUGUCUCAGACCCAGGUACCCCGAGUUUUAUCGUUGAUAGUACUGCUCAAGGGACAUGCAGCAAGGCGAAGAUGUCUAAAAGGACGUGCUUCCCCGCAACAGCAUUCAGUGACGACUGGUACUCCGACUCAGUUACCCAGGCGGAGUUUGAUAACAUUGGAGCGCAGCCAUUGCCCGAUGACAAAAAGCUUCCAACACUCGAAGAAGAAUCCAGAGCUGCUGUUGCGCCCUUCCAAGACAGCGUAGGCAAGCCUGGGACACCUACAACGGGCCUGGCGACUGUUGGUAUGGGUCGAGCUGCUGGUGUAAUUUCUGCUGUCACGCUUGUCGCAAGAGAAGCUGCUCAGGCCGUUGGACUGGCUAUUGGUCCAGCUUUCGUUCUUUUGGACAUCGUUCAAGGCAAUUGGAUAGGUGCUGGACUGGCCGCUGUGGGUCUCGCGCUUGGUGUUGUCGCCUCGCUCGCCGUAGCUGGUCCUGUGGGUUGGAUUGUUGGUGGUCUUAUAUCUGCCUUGUUUGCAAUUCUACCUGGCCUGUUCAAAAGCAAGCCUCACCUACCAGCCGUCGCUGACAAUGUUGGCACCCUUCAAUAUGCCUUCUUUGGGGACGCUACUCAUACUGGCAACGAACAGUGCCAAAGUCAAGGGAAUCCCAACUGUACAGCCGUCUUCGGACCCGGUGUUCUCUCUCUAGUCUUCGAGUGGGAUAAUUUCGAUUCAAUAACCUUCCUCAUUCAAUACAAUGAAGGCUACGCCAUGACUCUACCGGAGAUAGCGAACGCAUUCUACAACAUCAAUGAUCCCAAGAAUAGCGGCGACGGAUCGAAUCAAAUAGCAACCAUCAAUUGCAACAACAAGAAGGGAAUCCAAGACAGAUGGGGUGUCAGCAUGAGGGAUGACAUGUCAAAAUGCAAUCAUCCUAGCUUUCAACUCAACCGAUCAUUGGUGACACUUCCAGUGAUCGGACAGACAGCAGACCAAGUAUACAACAGAAUCAUCCCCGCCCCUAAUGGCGAUUGCAAAUUGGUUUCGGAUGCCGCGAACUCACUGAACAUCCCUGACUACAACAUGACGAUCACAGGACAACCAGUAGCCAUUGCCUGUGGUCUCUCCGCCGCCCUCGAGAUUGGCGGAACCGUCAUACCCCUAGAUCCAACCAACAACCCCAUCGUCGUCAAUGUCUCUUCCGGCACCAACUCCACCGACGGUCAAAAUGGCCACCAGCUAGCAGCACCAGCACCAGCCCCAUUCCAGUCCCUCCUAAACGCCACCACGGCCCUCUGUCUCAGCGGUUCAGGCGGCGGCCUCUGCGUGCCAGCCGGCCAGUACGAUAUCCAACGCGGUAGUCUCGGAUUCGACAGCAGCAAGGUAGACACCCUGAACAUGCCCGCUGGCGCCUCAAUAAGCUGGUACGAUGUCCGAGCCGAAAUACCCCGCGGUGGCCCAACUCAAUCGCUGGUAUCAUAUACCACCAAUCAGACCGCCGCCGACAAGCAUUUUGCGGCCGCAAUGGCUUCUGCGCCUACGAGCGGUGCUGACGGCGCCGGUGCUGGCUGGAACGCCACCCUCCCUGCUGGUAUGCCCGACCAGCCGGUCGUAUGCCUCUUUACUAAAACGGAUCAUAAUGGGGACGUUGCGUGCUUUGGGGCUGGAGGCGGAAACGUUACUGGGGGGAUCUCUGGAAAAGCGUCGUCGAUUGCCGUGCACGGAAACGCUACGGCGGAGAUCUAUGCGCAGUCGUAUGGCGAUGCGGGGAGCGCAACUAUUACGAGUGAUGUGCUGGAUCUGACGCAGGAGCCUUAUGGCACGGAUGAUAAUUUUAAUCAAAAGAUUGUCGCUAUGUGGGUUUGUGACGGGUCUUGUAGUAUACCUGUCUAA